AUGGCAGACGAAAAACAAAAACUCGCCGAGAUCGAGAGCCUUAAGAAGGUCGCCUUCUUUGGCAUCUCCGUGGCGACCAUCGCCACACUGGUCGCCAUUGUGGCCACGCCCAUGAUGUACAACUACCUGCAGCACGUGCAGUCCUCCCUUCAAAACGAGGUGGAAUUCUGCCGUCACCGUACCGAUGGGCUGUGGGACGAGUUUAGCCGCUUCGAAGUGGUCCAUGGCAAGGAAACCCGUAUCAAGAGACGUGCCCGUGCCUUCGGAGCCGAAAGCUAUUCCACCGGAGCCGGAGGAGGUGGCGGAGGAGGAUGCUGCUCUUGCGGAAUCGGAGCCGCCGGACCACCAGGACCACCAGGAGCCGACGGAAACCCAGGAACCGAUGGAGCCGCAGGUAAUCCAGGACAAGCCGGAGCCGACGCCGAAGCCGCUGCCGCACCAACCGCCGCUGAUUUCUGCUUCGACUGCCCACCAGGACCAGCAGGACCAGCCGGAAACGCAGGACCACCAGGACCACCAGGAGGACCAGGAGCACCAGGAAACACUCCAGCUGGAGGAGCUGCAGGAGCCGCUGGACCACCAGGACCACCAGGACCACCUGGAAAUGACGGAGCACCAGGAGCACCAGGAAACCCAGGAGCGCCAGGAGCAGUCAACACUGUUCCAGGACAACAAGGACCACCAGGACCACCAGGACCAGCUGGACCACCAGGAGCUGCUGGUAACCCAGGAACCGCAGGAUAUGCUCAACCUGGACCACCUGGACCUGCUGGAGAUGCUGGACCAGAUGGAGCACCAGGAAAUCCAGGACAACCUGGACCCGCUGGAGACGCUGGAGCACCAGGGUCCGGAGGAGGAUGCGAUCACUGUCCACCACCACGUACCGCACCUGGAUAUUAG